GAGAGUUUGACAAAGACCAUUGGAUGUAGAAAUCCAACGGCGGAGAAGAAACCCUAAUCGAAAACGGGGUGUCUUCCAGCUUUAAGAAGGGACGAGGCUGCCGAUUUCAGACUCUCUUUGUUCGGCAGCUCGUUUGCUAUCUUCGCUUUCUCUUUGUUUAUUUGCUCUGUUUUGUAAGCCAUCAUGGGAAAGGAGAAGUUUCACAUUAACAUUGUCGUCAUUGGUCAUGUCGACUCCGGCAAGUCGACCACAACUGGGCAUCUUAUCUACAAGCUUGGUGGAAUUGAUAAGCGUGUGAUUGAGAGGUUUGAGAAGGAAGCUGCUGAGAUGAACAAGAGGUCAUUCAAGUAUGCAUGGGUUCUUGAUAAGCUCAAGGCUGAGCGGGAGCGUGGUAUCACUAUUGAUAUUGCCCUGUGGAAAUUUGAAACCACAAAGUACUAUUGCACUGUCAUUGAUGCCCCUGGUCAUCGUGACUUCAUCAAGAACAUGAUUACUGGAACGUCACAGGCUGACUGUGCUGUCCUUAUCAUUGAUUCCACCACUGGUGGUUUUGAAGCAGGUAUCUCCAAGGAUGGCCAGACCCGUGAGCACGCGUUGCUUGCCUUCACCCUUGGAGUCAAGCAGAUGAUCUGCUGUUGCAACAAGAUGGAUGCAACAACCCCCAAGUACUCCAAGGCAAGGUAUGAUGAAAUUGUUAAGGAGGUGUCUUCCUACCUGAAGAAGGUUGGUUACAACCCUGACAAGAUUCCCUUCGUCCCCAUCUCUGGGUUUGAAGGUGAUAACAUGAUUGAGAGGUCCACCAACUUAGACUGGUACAAGGGCCCAACCCUCCUUGAGGCCCUCGACUUGAUCUCGGAGCCCAAGAGGCCGACAGACAAGCCACUCCGUCUCCCACUUCAGGACGUCUACAAGAUCGGUGGCAUUGGCACUGUACCUGUUGGACGUGUUGAGACUGGUGUACUCAAACCUGGUAUGGUUGUCACCUUUGGCCCAACUGGACUGACUACUGAAGUCAAGUCGGUGGAGAUGCACCAUGAGGCCCUCCAAGAGGCCUUGCCUGGUGACAAUGUUGGUUUCAACGUGAAGAAUGUUGCUGUCAAGGAUCUCAAGCGUGGGUUUGUUGCUUCCAACUCGAAGGAUGACCCUGCUAGGGAGGCAGCUAACUUCACAUCUCAGGUCAUCAUCAUGAACCACCCAGGCCAGAUUGGCAACGGAUAUGCACCAGUCCUUGAUUGCCACACAUCCCACAUUGCUGUCAAGUUUGGAGAGAUCCUGACCAAGAUCGACAGGCGAUCUGGCAAGGAGAUUGAGAAGGAGCCCAAGUUUUUGAAGAAUGGUGAUGCUGGGUUUGUUAAGAUGAUUCCAACCAAGCCCAUGGUGGUUGAGACCUUCUCUGAGUACCCUCCUCUUGGACGUUUUGCCGUGAGGGACAUGCGCCAGACUGUUGCAGUGGGUGUGAUCAAGAGCGUUGAGAAGAAGGAUCCAUCUGGUGCCAAGGUCACCAAGUCGGCCGCCAAGAAGAAGUGAAUGGUUCUUCUGUACCUGUUCACUAGUGUGAUACGGUUUUUAGUAGCAGCAGUCUCGUUGGUCUCCCUAGUUGUAGAUGUUGAGUUCGUCCCUAGUGGUAGUAAGAGUCGUUUUUGUCAUGGCGGUGUUGCUGGUGGUGGUGGUGGCUUCUUUUGCCUCGUAAGUUUUUUGGUCUCAAGUGUGAGGAAGGUAUUGUGUCAUUGGAUGCAGACUUGGGUGCUUGACCGGCGGUGGUGAAAGAGUAUGGCGGGUUUGGGUCUCUCUGCCCUUUGGCUUUAUGAGAGGUGAGUUUUAAGUGUUUGUUUCGUUGUUGUUUCCAUUUUCCAUUUCAAUCGACAGUUUGAGACAGACAAUGCUACUAUUUUGUUGAGUGCUAUUUACUGUUUAUUUUUCCUUUUCUUGAAUCUUUAUUAUAUUUAUACUCAAGAGUCUUUUAGGAUUUUGUGGUU